AUGGACUCCGCGGACAUCGACGGCUAUACGGGUCCGUGGAUUCAGUUCGAGAACGAGUCGAAGAGCGCCAAACCAUCGGCCGAAGAGAUGGAAGAGAUCGAGGCUUUUAUGGCCAAAAAGAAACGGUUCGGGAAGAAGACCGAGAAGGAGGAGUUGGAGGAGAGGGCGACCAUUCAUAUCGAGGACGUGUAUGACUAUCAGGGCCGCUCUUUCCUGCACUCUCCGCACGACCUCGACGUGAGUCUCAAAGCCGACUACACGCCCAACAAGUGCUUCCUCCCCAAGAGAGUGAUCCACACCUACACCGGGCACUCGAAGGCCUUGACAGCCAUUCGAUGGUUCCCUCGUUCGGCGCAUCUCUUCCUCUCGUGUUCGAUGGACUCGAAGAUUAAGUUAUGGGAAGUCUAUAAAGAGAGGCGAUGUGUCAUCACAUACAUGGGUCACAAACAGGCCGUUCGCGACAUUAACUUCAAUCGCAAAGGCGACCGUUUCAUAUCAUGCGGUUAUGACCGGUAUAUGAAGUUAUGGGACACCGAAACGGGUCAGUGCAUCAAGAGGUUCACCAACCGGAAGGUCGCCUAUUGUGUCAAAUUCAACACCGAUGAGGAACGCUCUCAUCUCUUCAUCUCCGGCAUGUCCGACAAGAAGAUUAUUUGUUGGGAUACCCGCUCCGGGAGUAUAGUUCAGGAGUACGACAGACACUUAGGCGCCAUAAAUACCGUCACUUUCGUCGACAACAACCGCAAGUUCGUCUCAACGGCUGACGACAAGUCGAUUCGAGUUUGGGAGUGGGAUAUCCCGGUUGAUGUCAAAUACAUAGCCGAACCCCAUAUGCACGCCAUUCCAGCGGUAACGCCGGCGCCAAACGGCAAAUGGUUGGCCUGUCAGUCGAUGGACAAUAAGAUACAGGCGUUCGCGUGUAUGAAUCGAUUUAAGCUGAACCAGAAGAAGGUGUUUACGGGACAUAUGGUGGCCGGUUAUGCCUGUUCUCCAGACUUCUCACCAGAUAUGAGUUACUUAAUAUCGGGUGACGCCGACGGAAAGGUGUUUAUAUGGGACUGGAAGACCACAAAACUGUUGAAUACCUUUCAAGCGCACGACAACGUCUGUAUAUCCACUCUAUGGCAUCCGCACGAGACAUCCAAAGUGCUGACCGCCGGAUGGGAUAAUAAUGUCAAACUCUGGGAUUAAACGAUUUCUUACAAACAGACGUCACUUUGUAUUACUGUAUAUAAAGUCAUUUCAAUCAUUAAAUCAUUGUUUCGUAAAGAGUCGUGAAUUGGCUUUAAAAUCAAGUCUAUUAUCGCGUGAAUUAAUGGGUGUCUAUCUAUUCACAUAAUCGUGUCCAGUACAUUCAACCAACAAUAUUGACAUGGUGCUUUUUAUUUGGAGAAUGUAUUACCGUAUAAAUGAGAUUAUUGUAUGCGUGCUAGUCUUAUAAAACAAAUCUCAUUUGAUUACAUAAUUAAAUGUACGUGUAUG